AUGCUUAAAAUCCUCAUAAUAACAACAAUAUUAAUUCCAACAAUUCUUACCCUAAAACCCAAAAUGCUAUACCCAACAACAACCUCUUAUAUAUUUAUACUAGCAUUACUAAGCCUAACCCUACUAGAACCUAAAUCAAACAUACUUCUAAGCCUAGACCAUAUCUCAUCACCUCUACUUACACUAUCUUUUUGACUCCUUCCACUAAUAACCAUCGCUAGCCAACACGCAAUAAUCAAAGAACCCCUACAACGACAACGAAUCUUCCUAACAACACUCACCCUCUUACAACUAUUUAUUUCAACAACAUUCAUAGCAUCCAACCUAACCCUAAUAUAUAUCAUAUUCGAAGCCACCCUGAUCCCCACCCUAAUCAUCAUCACACGAUGAGGACAACAAACAGAACGACUAACCGCAGGAACAUACUUUAUAUUAUAUACACUAACAACCUCAUUACCACUACUUAUAGCCAUUAUUUUUAUCAAUAACUCAACAAAUACCCCAACCCCCUUCCUCCAACUACUGCACCCCCCAAACCAAUGAACUAGCCUCCUACUAUGACUAGCCUGCCUAACCGCAUUUCUAGCAAAAAUACCUAUUUACGGACUACACCUCUGACUCCCAAAAGCCCACGUAGAAGCCCCAAUCGCCGGCUCAAUAGUCCUAGCCGCAAUUCUAUUAAAACUUGGAGGAUAUGGCAUCAUCCGCAUAAUACAAGUCCUGCCCACAACAAAAACAGAUAUGUUCCUCCCAUUCAUCGUACUGGCCCUAUGGGGGGCCAUCCUAGCCAACCUAACAUGCCUGCAACAGACAGACCUAAAAUCCCUAAUCGCCUACUCCUCCAUCAGUCACAUAGGCCUAGUAGUAGCCGCAAUCAUCAUUCAAACACCAUGGAGCCUAUCCGGAGCCAUAGCCCUAAUAAUCGCUCACGGCUUUACCUCCUCAGCACUCUUCUGUCUAGCCAACACAACCUAUGAACGCACACACACCCGAAUCCUAAUUCUAACACGAGGAUUCCACAACAUUCUCCCUAUAACCACAACCUGAUGACUACUAACCAACCUCAUAAACAUUGCCACCCCCCCCGCCCUUAACUUCACAAGUGAACUACUAAUUAUAUCUUCCCUAUUCAACUGAUGUCCAACAACUAUCAUCCUACUCGGAUUAUCAAUACUAAUCACCGCCUCCUACUCCCUACACAUAUUCCUAUCAACACAAAUAGGACCAACUCUACUUGACAACCAAACGGAACCAACACACUCACGAGAACACCUAUUAAUAACCCUACACAUUAUUCCACUCGUAAUAAUCUCUAUAAAACCAGAAUUAAUCAUUAGA